AUGAUUAAGAAACAUUCUGUCAAAUGUGUCUCAAAUAUCAAAUUUAAAUUAUCAAGACGGGGCGACUUUGUAGGAGGAAUCGAUAAUGAGGCGCUCGAUUUUUCUCAACUCGAGGAUUUCAUCAAUAGUGACAGUCCACAACCUGCCACAUAUUUUGCCGAUACCCUCGCUCACAAUGAGACAAAUGGAACAACGACGAGUCAUAACGGGCGAGUGGAGACGACGAGCCAGCAACCUCCAACCAGAUUGCCAUCACCAAUAUCCCAGAAUCAUCCGGUACAAUCUGCCUGUCCGGCUGGAGCAACGCCUGUCCCACCAGUUACAACUUACAAGGACCCUCAGACCUACGUUCAUCCACACGCGUUACCAGAGAGUCCACCAGACAGUGGAAGUGAACCUCCGUAUUCUCCACCAGGGCAUCAUGAAACCUCGCAACAUGUUCACUCACCACAUCAAAAGGCUGCGCUGCAGGAAAUUUUACUCCACCACCAAGGAAGCGCUCCGGCUUAUACCUCAACUUUAUUACCAACAUCUCCAAGAGCAUUAGCAGCAUCUGCUGAUCCAUUACUGCUGGCCCAUCCAGUCUUGACCCCUCUCUUAACACCCACGACGCCUGCUUUGACAGCUCAGCAGACACUGGUAGCAUCCCACGUGUCUCUCCAACAGCAACCACAACAACCACAGCCGCCGCAACAUGAUCACAGUCCCAGUGGAAUCACCACUCUCUACUCAUCACUGCAGUCUGCUCCAAAGAAAAGGAAGCACAGUCAAGAUGGACUCAUUCACGUGAAGCAAGAACCUGAAUUGGGCAACGUUGAACACAGUUGCAGCAGCAGUAGCGCUGUUCUCGAUAAUGACGAAGUUAACGGGGACAACUCUUACAUUGACGCCAGUUAUCAAUGCAUCAGAUUCCACCCGUUUCAGCAGACCACGUGGCACGCUCUCUGCGAUCAUAAUCUCAAAGAGCUGCCAACGCCGCAUUAUCGCGUCGACGCUGAUAAAGGAUUCAACUUUAGCAACUCUGACGAUGCUUUUGUUUGUCAGAAGAAGAAUCAUUUUCAAAUUACCUGUCAUGCUCAAUUACAAGGCGAGGCUGUCUUUGUUCGCACUUCAGAGGGACUCAAAAAAAUCAGCAGUUUUCAGCUACAUUUCUAUGGAGUUAAAGUUGAAUCACCUACUCAAACUAUUAGGGUUGAACAGAGCCAGAGUGAUCGUAGCAAAAAGCCAUUUCAUCCAGUUGUGGUCGAGCUGGGAGGUGAGCGUGUAACUAAGGUGACAGUUGGCCGUCUGCACUUCAGCGAGACAACAAGCAACAAUAUGCGAAAAAAAGGAAAACCGAAUCCCGACCAGCGAUACUUCCACUUGGUGGUAGGCCUCCACGCGCACACAUCAGACCAGUCAAGUUACCAAGUAGUGGCGCACGCCAGCGAGAGGAUAAUCGUCCGCGCGAGCAAUCCCGGACAAUUUGAGUCCGAAGGCACAGGAGUCAGCACGGAGAGCGGGUGGCAGCGUGGAGCAGCACCAGACACAGUUUACCACGCCGGACGGGUCGGAAUCAACACAGACCGCCCUGACGAGGCCCUGGUAGUCCACGGGAACAUGAAAGUAACCGGACACAUAGUCCAGCCGAGUGACGCCCGUGCCAAGCAAAAUGUCCAGGAAGUCGACACCCGAGAACAAUUGCGAAACGUCCAACAAUUACGAGUCGUACGGUACAGGUACGCUCCAGAAUUCGCUUUGCAUUCCGGGCUGGGUAUAAAGGCCCAAGAGGACACCGGGGUGAUAGCUCAAGAAGUCCAGCAAAUUUUGCCUGAGGCGGUCCUGCCAGCCGGCGACAUUGUUCUGCCAAACGGCCAGCGCAUUGAUAAUUUUCUGGUUGUCAAUAAAGAAAGAAUAUUUAUGGAGAAUGUCGGGGCCGUUAAAGAACUCUGCAAAGUAACAGACAGUCUCGAGACACGCAUUGAUCAGCUCGAGAGGAUCAAUAAACUUAUUCUUAUUCUCAUAAUGGCAUUUUGUUUGGUCGCAAUGGCGACUCUAUAUUUCCUGGAAUACCAAAAACGCAGCAAUCUCGAGUGGUCAGCAGUAGCAGCAGGAGGAAUGCUGGCAAUUGGAACUGCUCCGACAUUACCAACAACUCCCUCCUACGAUUCAAGAUUUAACCCAUUGCUUCACAGCACGGUUUCGCCGUUUUACACGCGGCAAGGUUUGUUCACCAAAACUCUAGACGGUCAUGUGACAAAGGACAAUGUGAUGUCGACUAGUGCUCCCAACACCAAGCAGCAGUACUACUCGCAAGAAAUAACUUCCUGGUAUCCGUUCGGUCAUUCGGGUCCGCAGGCCAAGUCCGACAAGAACAACGAAUUGUCGAAUAAUUGGCUGAGACAUGGCGCGGGUCCGGUUCCUAGCAAUGUUGAUGAGAAUGAUCAGAAUGCUGAUGUAGACCCACCGGUACUGAACCGCGGUCCGGUUCCAUUGGGCAGGCCUGCUGAUUGUCCUCUGCACUUUACUGAGCUGGAAAACGCUUGCCAAAUUUACUGCUGCACUUCGGAUAUUCACCAGCUGGAGGAACCCCGCCCGGAACAUCCGCCUGAGAAGAAGUCCAUGUCGAUUCAUUUGGAACAGCCGCUGGGUGUUCAUGAAGAGAAGCGAAAAUUGAAUAAGGGAAUGCAGAAUGGGAUCAGUCCUGCGGAUUCCAGCACCCAGACUUUGGUGAAAGACACCCACUUUAAGUAUAUGCCCAAGAGGAGCAGAAGGGAGGCUGGAAGCGGAGUUUGGGGCGAAGUUGCGAGUAAUGCAGCUGGCUCGAUACCUCCAGAACCGAAACCACAGUUACAUAUUGUUGCAAAGAGCUUCAAUGCGACCUUGGACCAGCGGUACUGCUCAAUAACUUCUCCCAGCGCGCCGAAUAAUUUCAGCUGUAAUGUUCCGUUAUCAAAACACAUGCCUGACACGCAUUUGACGCUACAUUUUAUCGGAAUGCCCUGGUACUGGCAAGUCGUACAGCAGUGUCAGGUUACUCCCAGUCUGACGGCUGAUGAAACUAUCGCUUGUGGAUGGGGGUACACUCAUCAGAAGCAGCAACAGCACCAGUAUGCGGAAAACAGUAAUCAGCCCAGUGACCAGGCUUUUGUUAUUGAUGUCGCCUUUUAUUUGAGGAAAACCCUCAAAUUUCGGGUACCUACGGUACCGCCUCAUGAGCAUGUUUGUAAAAAUAAUCACGGAGGUGAUUAUCUUGAAUUCACGAUGCACUUUUAUCGUGACUGCGAUGGAUGA